AUGAUAUGCAUAGAAUGUACCAAUCCCAAUAUAGAUUGUUUGUAUUCGAAAUAUGAAAGUGAUUACAUAAAAUUGACUAUUUGUCCUGAAUGUGGAAAGAUUGCUGAUAAAUAUAUCGAAUAUGAUAAUGUCAUUUUAUUCAUUGAUCUAUUGUUACUCAAAACUCGAGCCUAUAGACAUUUGGCGUAUAAUGUUACGGAACAGGAUAUAUUGAAUGAAUCACAGGAUCUGAACUUAUCAUCUGAUACGAAUAAGAUUGGUCCAAGAAUAUCAUUGUCGUCAUUUGUUCUAAGAUACAAGAAAUUACUUAGACUCAUUCUCUUGAUAGUGUUGUUUGAAGUAUAUUUAAAAUGGGCUUAUGAAGAAAGAAAAUCGAUUCACACCAUAGGAAUGGACUUUAUUUUGAACCAACCAGUACAUGUCCAGUAUUCGUUCUUCAUUACUGAGCUGAUUAUUGAACAAUUCUUACUAAACUUUGUCAUAUUGGUUUUAUUUCGAUUAUUACUAAAUUUAAAGGAAUUAAAAAAUAUCAACAUCAGUGAACAACUCCAAUUUGGAUAUCAGAAUAGUGUGCUAUUGGUCACGAUACUAUCUUCAAGUUCAAUUAAGUUGUUCCCGAUUUUAAUGUUGAUUUGGCCAUAUGAUACAACCUCGAUUUCUGCUGCUGUCAUUAAUGUCAUUGGAUAUCUUUAUAUCAUUGAAGGUUUAAAGAUCAUUUCCAAUAAAUCGUACUUUUGGAUCAUACUUAUCUUAGCCAUUUCGAUUACAUCUCAAUUCCUAAUUUCGAAAAGGGUCUUAUCGUUUAUUGUUUCUAGAUUAUCUGGUAUAGAUCUAGAUGUCAUUCUCCAAAGUGAUUAUAAUGAAAUUUAUGGGCUCUAUAAUCAAUAUCGAUUAUUCAUUUACGAUUUACGAGAUAAUCUAAUAAAUUAA